CUCAGCAGUUUCUGCAUGCACGCGUCAGUUUGGACCUAACAGUCGGGACUUUACUGGAAGAGCGGAGAGUAUCAGAGGAAACUCAGCCAUGCCGAAAUACAUAUUACGCUACUUCGACCUUAAGGCCUAUGCCGAGCCCUCCCGACUGCUGUUUACACUAGCAGGGCAGGAAUAUGAGGAUAUCAGGUACACUCGGGAAGAAUGGGUGACCGAGAAGCCAAAGACACCACUGGGUAAGAUUCCCGUCCUUGAGAUUGAUGGGAAACCGUUUGGCCAGAGUAACGCCAUACACAGAUACCUUGCAAAGACAUUUGGUUUUUAUGGUAACGGCGAUCUGGAAGCCCUAGAGAUCGAUCAGGUCCUCGGUGUCGUCUAUGACGCCUAUGAAGCCUACUUGCUAUAUGCUGUCGAGAAGGACGAAGCCGUGAAGGCUGAGCUGAUGAAGGGGGUGAAGGAAGUCAAAGUACCGUUGUAUUUCGGCAUGCUGGAGAAGUUGCUCAAGAAAAGUGGCAGUACUGGAUUCUUUAUUGGCAAGAAGAUCACUCUUGCUGACGUCAGUGUGUUUGAUCUAGCCGAUAAAAUGGAGUCGGUGGUCAAGCUGGAAGACUACCCUCUGGUCAAGAAAUGCAGUGACAACGUUUUGGCCAACCCUAGAAUCAAAGCAUAUGUUGAUAAACGGCUGGUUACAGAGAUGUGAUCCGUGACGCAUGAACAUUGAUAUUUCUCUGUACAGAUGAUAAAUGCUAGGCUGAUUUAUGCUUAACAUAUAUGAGUGAGUGCGAAAGUUGAAUUUAACAAUACUCAAGGAUAUGAACUACACGAAUCAGUAAUACCACUUUGAAAGCUACAAGUUCCAUGAAGAAUUACAUUCAUCUAGUUUUCUGUGAGAAUAUUAAAAAAAAUACUAUACUUUCAA